AUGAUCCCGUCCGUCCCUGCCUCCUGCAUCCUGCAGCUGGUCAAGUACAUCCAGAAACUGCAGCAGAAGGACGUAGAAAUAGCGGAGGAAGUCAUCGCUCUGUUCGCUGGAGAACUCAACCCUGUGGCCCCCAAGGCACAGAAGAAAGUGCCUGUUCCUGAAGGUCUGGACCUGGACGCCUGGAUCAACGAGCCGCCGUCUGAGAGCGAGUCUGAGGACGAGCAGCCCAGGGCGAUCUUCUCCAAGGAGGAGCCCAAAUACUCCCGCCCCCGCCACACAGAGGUGGACGAGAAGGAGCUGGCAAAGGUGGGCUGGUCGAUGAUGGGAACAUUUCUGAAAACAAUAACUAAGCUUAGAUUUAUGA